AUGAAGUUCUCAACGACCUCGACACUGACGCUUCUGUUCGCGUUCACCUCCUCCGCGCUCUCCCACUUCACCCUCGACUACCCGCUCACUCGAGGGUUCGACGAAGAUCUGGAAUCGCAAAACUUCUGCGGCGGCUUCCCCAACCCUCUGACGCCGCGACAGCCUUGGUACUACAAGAAUGGCCCCGUCGAGAUCGACUCGCACCACGAUUCUGCCACGGUCAAUAUUUACAUCUCGUACGAUGUACCCACCUCCGCCCAAUCCUUCCUGACGACCACUCAGGGCGCCGCCAUCCCUCCACUGAGGCACGACAUUGCCAUCACAGGCCAAGGUGAAUUCUGUUUCCACGCAAAUGCCUCGGCGGGUGUACCGGGCAUCGUUGCGGAGGACGGGCAGUUUGCGACCAUCAUGGUCGAAUACAUCAACAAUGUGCAUGGACACUUGUACCAAUGUUCGGAUGUCGUUUUCACGGACGAUAGCAGUGUGGGCAGCAACAUCACUUGCACCGAUGCUCUGACGGCUGCGAGCACUGCUACUAGUACAGGCGCAAGUGCGAGCUCGACGACGGGCUCAAGGACGGCCUCCUCUACGUCCUCGUCGACACGGUCGGCAACGUCAGGUGCUUCGAGUGCCGCUGCUACGACGGCAAACUCCAACAGCGGCGUUGCGAUGAUGGUGUCAAUCCCGAUGCUUGCUCUUGCACUUGGUCCCGCCUUGAUGGCCGGUGCCAUGUCGUUGGCGUAA